AUGGCAGGCGACAGCCUAGCGUGGUUGAGCCGAGCGAUCAAGAAGCUCACAGUCACAAAAAAUUCGGAGCUUCAAGGAGAAAUCAGUGGCAAGGAGCGGACAAAAUGUACGAAGACAGUGCUAGACAAUAAAGGCCGAGAUAAGUUUGACAAGAACGAGAGACAUUCAGAGACCGACACGAAGGCCGAGGCUGAAGUCAGAAAUAUUCGUCCCGGGCCAAGUGCCACUGAAUUGACAUCUCUUUAUCAACCACUCGAUAUAGAAUCGAAAGAAAUCAGGGUUCUGUAUCUGGUUCCAGGAGCAUGGAACGAUAUGAUUUGUUGCACGAUGGAGACUCGGUCUCUAAGCGACGCAUACCGGAAAUACGAAGCUUUAUCCUACGUAUGGGAUGCUGAACCAGGUUUCCAAGCAAUUGUUGUCAAUGAGCAACCUCUUUCCGUCAAGAGAAAUCUCUUCCUUGCCUUGCGGCGUCUGCGGAAGUCGAACGAGCCCCGAAUCAUGUGGGUAGAUGCAUUGUGCAUUAAUCAGCAAAGCAACGUCGAGAAGUCUCAUCAAGUCGCCCUUAUGAGAAACAUUUACCGGUCUUGUGUGCGGGUUUAUCUUUGGCUUGGAGACUACUCCACUAAUCCCUCCGACACUCGAAGCGUGGAGGAUGAAAUAAACAUCUUCACGAGCUCUCGUGCUACGACAAAAAAGAAAGACAAAAGGCCUUUUCACCCUGAGAUCCUCGAUGCUUAUAUAUCUCUGGUAUCGUCACCAUGGUGGGACAGACUCUGGGUGGUACAAGAGAAGAUAUUAUCCCCCGAGUGUCUCUUAAACGAGGCGAUGCUGAAGAGCAUAAGAAAAAUCAGAGACUUCGGGCAAAUGACUGAUCGCACUAAAAGCUGGAUGGACUUUUAUCGCUUCAUUCUACACCACCGCAAUAGAAAGUCCAGCGAUCCUCGAGACAUGGUUUAUGGAUUGUCUGCACUGGCACCACAUAUUCCGCCUGAGUUAAUCGCGGAUUACUCGCUCAGCAAAGAAGAAAUAUUUGAACGUCUUGUCCUUUUGUUCAUCAAAGAGCAUGGUACACUACAUGCUCUCAGAGGUCAAAGGACUUUGAUUGAAAACUCGAAGAGCUGGGUGUACGACUGGAGCUCGGAUGUUGAUGAUAGGCUCUGGUAUCAGGAGAGCAUGAGACUUGAGAUCGUACUUUACAAGGCUUCUAGAAAUAAGAAACCUGUGGUAGAGAGUUGUAGUGACGGACAACUCUCUGCUGAUGGGGUAUUUUUUGAUCUUGUUGCUGAGAGAGGACAGACCUGUGAUAAUUCACCCGAGAGCAGGAUAAAGUCCUUGCGGGAGUGGUACAAUUUAUGUCAGAAUGCCAGCAAGCAGAUGCCACGAAGCAUGUGGCGAGAAGACUUUCUCCGCACGGUGAUUGGCGAUGUGGCUUAUAAAGUCGACAACAAUGGUAUCAUGAAAAUCGGCAUGAGAACUCCAGCAGAUAUGAAAGAUGUGUUCGACGACUGGUUAGUGUAUAGAGAACGACCUAGCCAAUACAAGAGCACUGGUGACUCUGAUCUUGCUAUGUUCGACGACCUGGUCAAGACAAUGGCAACAGGCUUGAAGUUCUUCCUCACCGAGAAAGGAUACAUGGGACUAGGUAAUCCUGAAAUUGGUGAUGAGGUUUGGGUUUUGCUUGGUGGUGAUAAACCAUUUCUCCUCCGGCCACUUCCGUCUUCGACGAGCCACUGGCUCAUUGGGGACUGUUUUGUGAUGUACCUCGAGCGGGAAGCGUUGCGGUCCACUGAGACUUUGAAUGAGCUUGGGGUGAAAACGAGGCUGGUGUGGUGUGGUGAAGAGGGAAAGAAGGCAUUGGCAAAUGGAGGAGACUCUGUCUGGGAAGUUGAUAGCGAGGUGGAUUCGGAAGAUGCGAGGGUGGAAAGGAAGGAGCACAGAAGGCAAAGCAAGUACGAAUCGAAACAUUGGCAAGGGUUGAUUUGA